AUGCUGCGUCUCUUAUCUCCAUCCGUUGCCCGCGCUGCACAAAAGUCGGUGCUGCAACAGCGGUCACGUGCACUGCAAAUUGUGUCUCGUCCUAUGCGUAAUUUUACGUCGACGCGCUCUUGUUUGAACCCAGAAAAGCCAAUUACACAAGCUACUAUGGAGGGGAAGAAAGCCCCGGAUGCACUGGUGCUUUCGCCCUAUGAGAAGGUGACGGCCACUGCAACUGGUGGGUUCUGGCUCGGUCUCAUUGGUUUGGGAGCAGUCGGAGUUUACUUUAUUGCACGUGAACUUUUACCAAAUCGUAUGAGCCCAAACGGCCUCUUCAGUGAGUCGCUGGACUUUGUCUCGGACAAUACGGACGUGACUUCGCGUCUGGGUCUGCCGAUUCACGGCUAUGGACACGACCAUGGUGGCCAUCGUGAAGGCCGUCGUAACCGCAUUGAGCACGUGAACCUUACAGGCAAGGACGGUACCCCGCGUCUUCGUAUCAAGUAUAACAUCAAGGGCCCGUCAGGUCACGCCUAUGUGUUUGCUGAGGUGAACCAGGGCAUGAAGAAAAACGAGUACGUGUACCUCAUUGUACAGGUGACGAAGACUGGCGAGCUACUCAAGAUUGUUGACAACCGACAGAUCCUUUCGGCUGAGACGAAGGAAGAACAAGACGCUCUCCGCCAGCUACUUGGCAAGUAA